AGAACUCAACCGUCUCGCCACACAGCGAGAGGCCCGUCGUCAAAUGUGCACGCGUUUGUCUGUGUGUGUCUUUGCAUUGUGCUAACACAGGAACAGGAAGCGAUCUCCGCCACUUUCACAGAAACCUCGAGCGACGUUCCCCGCGCCGUCGCCACCAUGGCCAAAGCCAAGAGCGGACCCCUGGCCCGUAGGCCCGACAACUCGGCCUUCAAACAGCAGCGCCUGCCCGCCUGGUCACCCAUGCUGACGGCUAACACCGUGCUGCCUUUCUUCUACUUCACGGCUGUCAUCUGCUUGGUGCUGGGAAUUUGGCUUCUGCUCACGGCACAGAGUGUCCAGGAAAUCCGGGUGGAUUACACAGACAACGGCGCGUGUGCACGAUGUCACGACAUGCGUAAGGAUGUGAGCAACGCAGCAUUGCCCUGCACUUGUAAACUGUACUUUCCCGUGGACAGGGCCUUGAAGGGGGAUGUCUUUUUCUACUACGCCCUUCAAAACUUCCACCAGAACCUGCGCAGAUAUAUGGACUCCAGGGAUGACGCGCAGAUGGUCGGCAGGAAGACCAACCUGAAGAAACCCAGUUCUUAUUGCAAGCCAUUUGCCACCAACGACAAAGGACUGCCUAUCGCUCCCUGUGGCGCUGUGGCCAACAGCAUCUUUAAUGAUUCCUUCAAGUUCGAAUAUCUUGGCUCUGGUAGUUCCGAGUACCCUGUGCCUUUAAUACGCAAAGGCAUCAGCUGGUACACGGACAAAAACAUCAAGUACCGCAACCCGCGGACAGAAAACAGGACCUUGGCUGAAGUCUUCCAAGGCACGGCAUUACCUCCCUACUGGCACAAGCCUGUCUACGAGCUGGAUACACAAGACGCCAUCAACAACGGCUUCAUCAAUGAAGCGCUCAUCGUGUGGAUGCGAGAGGCCGCCUUCCCCAACUUCAAGAAGCUCUACGGCGUUUUGCUCCGCACCAACAAACCCUUCCAGAGCGGCCUCCCGAAAGGCAACUACAGCGUGGAGAUAACCUACAACUACCCCGUGCAGUACUUCAGAGGCAGGAAGCAGGUGGUCCUGACCACUUUGAACUGGUUCGGCGGUCCCAACCAGUUCCUGCCCAUCGCUUUCUUGAUCACCAGCAGUCUGGUCCUGCUGGCAGCCAUCGGGCUCACUGUCAUCUGGUGGAAGUUUGGGAAGGAUGGGAAGAACAUGGGUGAGUUAUGAAUAAGCAGCAGAGUCUAUGUCAACUAAACAAAAAUGAAAUGAAUUGUGGAAAAUAUUGGUUGAUGCAACAUUUGUGUUCCAUCUCAUGUUAUGUUAACGUGAGUAGAAACUGAUUUUACGCCAAAAGGUGUGCAUAUUUACUAAUCAUCUUAUACUGAAAUGUAUUUUUUUUUUUUGUUGACUUUAAAAUCUUGAGACACUUAAAUGCCACAUAUUAGUGGUGGAUUGUAUGCAGUAUGCAAAUUGUGAUUUAAACUUAUAAAACAUUUCAGUUGUCCUUAGAAUUACCUUGUGGAAAUAGCAGUCAAUUUCAAUAAUUAAAGCCUUAUUUUUAUUGCCCA